UUUGAUAGGUGAUCUUAAGCUCUUACCUAGGUAUAAAUACAGCUGGGCAUCGCGUUCAUGGCCAAAAGAAUCUUUUACAACACUUACACUAAGAACCAACUUUCUACGACGCCAUGGCCCCAACCACAGCCCCGUGGGCAGAUACGCCCUUCGACCUCGUCCCCAGUCCACGAUUCACAGAGAAAAAUGCCGACCCUAAAACAAUCUUCACAGCAAACGAAAUGGCCGUCUCGCACAACAUCUACAUCCGCGGCCUAAACGCCAUCUACAACCAGGCUCCACAAGUUACAUCACCGGCAGAGAUAAAAGAUUUCCUCACAUUCUGCCAGAUCUGGCUGGAGGUUAUUCAUCACCACCACAGCCUUGAAGAGGAGAUCAUGUUCCUGGGAAUUGAGCGGGAUUUGGGGAAGGAAGGGAUUAUGCAGGGGAAUCUCGAGCAGCACCGGGCUUUUGAGGGGGCGAUGGAGGAGUUUAGAAGGUAUGUUGAGAAGAUAAGCACGAACCAGGGUAAGGGGGAGGAGUGUGAGAGGUAUGAUGGGGUCGUGCUCCGGGGUUUGGUUGAUAAGUUUGGGGCGGUGCUUGUCGAGCAUUUACAUGAGGAGAUUCGGAAUCUGCUGCAGGUUGCGAGGGAAUAUGAUGUCUCGGGGGAGGUGCUCAAGAAGAAUUAUUUGGCGUUUGAGAAGAGGUUGGUUGCGGAGAGUUCUUGGACCCGCCACCAUCCAUUCAUCUUCGGCAGUCGCGACGCUACCUUCGAGAAUGGCGUGAACGGCAACUGGCCUGCGGAUGUGCCGUUCUUCAUCCCGUAUGUGAUUUCAGGCGUGCUCUCGAGGAAGUUGGGGAAUGGCGUGUGGCGGUUCUUGCCGAGUGAUUUUCAUGGGAAGCCGAGGUCCUUGCCGUUUGCUAAGCCAUAGACCAGUUUGUGCUUAUGAGAGUGGGGGAGAGAAGUAGGGAGAGUCUGGCGUGGUGGUUGCGACCUGGGCAGGCUCAGCGGGUUGUAAGUACGGAGUUGGUAAGGAAGAGCGCCUGUGU